AUGGAAGUUGCGGGCUUCAAAGCCACAUGGUUCAUCAACGGGGAGAACAGGGGCACAAUAUACGAUCACAACGCGACGCUACGCCGGAUGGUCGAUAUGGGUCACCAGAUUGGGUCGCAUACCGAAAUGACAAACCUCGAAGACGCCAUGCUGGAUAUCCUAGGCUUCUUCCCGUAUUACAUGCGCCCGCCCUUGCUCUCCGUGAACAGCCAGGCACUGCAUGUGCUGCAAGAACUCGAAUACCACGUCAUUAUCGGGGAUCUGAAUACCAAAGACUGGAAGUAUCAGACCAAGGAAACGGUUGGGGAGGCGAAGCGGCUUUUUGUGGAGGGAUUGGAGAGGGGGUAUAGUAUUGUUGAGGCGCAUGACCAGGAACUUUGGACGCAGGGUGAGUUGAUUGAUUAUAUGAUUGCUGUUGUGAGGGAGAGGGGGAUUCAGAGUAAGUUUGCAACUCUAUCCUCAUGCAUCUGCGAAUGCCCUUGGACUGAUGAAUGA